AGAAGUUCUUAUUAUGCAGCAGAAUGGCCCGUGUCUGUGAAAUAACCAGAAAUCCAGAUGUCAGAUUUAUUGAAAGUAUUUGGCAAAUGAUACAACAUCGUCAUGAUUCAUCGUGUGUAAUGUUGGUAUGAACACUGCCUGAGGGCGUCAGUAUGCUGCAACUGAAGUACGUGUUGGAUGGUCAAACAGCAUCGGAAACGCCUUCGCCCCACAUUCUGUCUGAGUUGACAUGUGGAGACUGGUGUGAAAAUAGCAAUACUGCAGAACACCAGUGAUGUUGGAGCCUGUACCCCAUCAUCUGACCUCCUCCCCCUGCUGAUGCUGAGGCCGGCUGCUGAUGCCGUAAUUACACUCCUGCCACAGCUACAGGAAGUGGGGCUGCCAUGGGUGGGAACUGUGGAGAGCCUCACAGCAGGCGGUGGGGAACGGUGCACUGAAGGGAGCUCAAAAUCAACCAACCAAGGGCCGCCACAGGGCCUAAUUACUGAGUGAACAUGGCUAAUGAUGGAUCUGCGCUCUGCUGGUGCUGUGUCCGAAAUAUGCAGCCCUCGUGGCCCACCUUAGAAGACGUGUGGCUGUAGCAGUGUGAUACUGCUGUGCAUAGACCUCCCACAGUGCUGCUCAGAAAUGAGAGAGUGACAGAUAGCCAGCAUGGACCUCAUGUGAAGUACAACAAGUAGGUGUCUGAGUAAUGUGCAUAUAUAGAGUAUGAUUUCAUAAAUUGAGGCGACUCCUUUUACCUUUGCGUAAAUAGAUGACUUGGAGAGGUUUUAUUGUCAGUUUCCAUGUGAGAGCAGGUUGCCUAUUCUCCACUGAUAACUGUGUGAAUGGUUUCGGGGGACAAGGGGAGUGAUUUGGAGUGAUUUCUUAAAAAGCGUUUCGCAAGAGAGAUGCAAUCACUCUGCACAGUGAUCCUCUUCUUACAGAUUUCCCGGUAGUUGGUUGCUGUGACUGAUGGCAGUCCGUCCCCCCCAACACACACACACGCACGCACGCACGCACACACACACACACAAUUCCACCUAGUUCCAACAGGAAAUCGAUGAAACGGAAAUGAGGUUCCCCUGGGAGAGCACAGCCUCCCAUAGAGUCUCAGGGAUGAAUAUACAGUAGGUGUGGAGGAGAAGCAAACAUCACUUUUUAUUGGCAUGAUAAGCGAGGAACGAGGCUGUGACUGAAGCUGCAGAAGUUGGAGGAGCUGUCCAGAUGCUGAAAGACCAUCAGGCAGCUUUUAAAUUAGCAAUAAGGGCCGGUGACUCUGGGGUAACUAAUGCAAUGUUAACGAUAGCUGAAAAUAAAUUAUUCAUCCAGUUGCGUUUGACGCAAAUGUUCGGCAUAUUGAUUUAAUUUGGUAGUUAAUUAGAGUAUUUUCACAUCUGCAUGGAGAUCCGCCCCGUUGGUUUCUUAAACAAAAACAACACGGCAUUUCACUUUUAAUAGAUUGUUCGAUUCAGUCAAAAUAUUUCAGCUAUUUUCAUCUGAUCUAAAAAUGAGACACAAACUACAGCCCAGUGUUACAUUGACGCCCCUCGGUGCUUAUUUAUUUUCUAAUUUUCUAGUUAAAGGUUCUUAAAAAACAAUUUGGAGCACAAUCACGAUCCGUUCAGCCAUGGAUCAAUAGCUUGGAUCUGCAACGAGUGUCAGUCGCAGCCCCGCAUGUAGGAAAAUGCAGACAGGAGGGGUGGAGUUCACAGCUUUUACUUUUCAAACACUGCUCUGGCAGAAGAGCUCAUUCUUUGCCUGGGAAACGGCGGAGUUGGCGCUGAUGCGUCCUGGCAUGUGAUCCCGACUUCAGUCAAAUCAGUCGCAUCACUGCUGCAGCCUGCCAUUAAACUUUCCAUGCUGCUGGCCGUCCAAUGGACAGCACUUAGGAGGUUUUCCCGGACCGUACCCGCUCCUGCUCGCUCGUCAGCUGCCCACCGGCUCCCCACCGUCGACUCUCCAGGUUCAGAGAGACUCACGCAACCCGGGGAGCUGGCCUGGGUCUCCUGUGCGCAUGGAGGGAGACGUGAUGGACAAAGUGGAGGCCACGGCAACGGUCUGUGACUUCGACCCAAUGAGUGGGAGCAUUCCGGCCACCAAAGUGGAGAUCACCGUGUCGUGCAGGAAUCUCUUGGACCGAGACACUUUCUCCAAAUCCGACCCAUUGGUUGUGUUGUACACACAGGGCGUGGAGACCAAGCAGUGGAGAGAGAUAUCUAAGGCAGCCCAGCCAGUCUUUGUGAACAUAAAACAGUGUUUUCAAAAGCUGAAACCCACUGAAGUCAGAAAGUUCGGGAGAACAGAGGUGAUAGACAACACGCUAAACCCGGACUUUGUCAGGAAGUACAUCCUGGACUACUUCUUUGAGGAGAAGCAGAACCUGCGCUUUGACGUGUAUGAUAUCGAUUCUAAAAGUCCAGAUCUGGCAAAGCAUGCAACCGACCUUAACGACUUCCUGGGACAGGUCUACUGUACACUGGGAGAGAUUGUGGGCUCACCGGCCAGUCGCCUGGAGAAACCUCUAGGUGGCAUACCUGGGAAGAAAUGUGGGACCAUCAUCUUGUCCGCUGAGGAGCUGGGAAACUGCAGAGAUUACGCCACCAUGCAAUUCUGUGCCAACAAACUGGAUAAAAAGGACUUCUUUGGAAAGUCAGACCCCUUCAUGGUCUUCUACAGAAGCAACGAGGAUGGCACGUUCACCAUCUGCCACAAGACUGAAGUGGUGAAGAACACGCUGAACCCUGUGUGGCAGCCCUUCUCCAUCCCUGUCAGAGCGCUUUGCAACGGAGACUAUGACAGGACAAUCAAGGUGGAGGUGUAUGACUGGGACAGAGACGGGAGCCACGAUUUCAUCGGUGAAUUCAUCAGCAGCUACAAAGACCUGUGUCGCGGCCAGAGCCAGUUAAAUGUCUACGAGGUGGUGAAUGCCAAGAAGAAAAUAAAGAAAAAGAGAUACAUCAACUCCGGGACGGUGUCCUUGUUGUCAUUCAAUGUGGAGUCAGAGCACACCUUCCUGGAUUACAUCAAAGGAGGGACUCAGAUUCACUUCACAGUGGCCAUUGAUUUCACUGCAUCAAAUGGAAAUCCGUCCCAGUCCACUUCACUGCACUACAUGAACCCGUACCAGAUGAAUGCCUAUGCCAUGGCCCUGAAGGCUGUGGGAGAGAUCAUUCAGGACUACGACAGUGAUAAGAUGUUCCCUGCGCUGGGAUUUGGUGCUAAGCUUCCCCCUGAUGGGAGGGUCUCCCAUGAGUUCCCUCUGAAUGGCAACAUUGACAACCCAUACUGUAACGGCAUGGAGGGGAUUCUCGAAGCUUACCAUCAAAGCCUUAAGACGGUUCAGCUGUAUGGACCCACCAACUUUGCUCCUGUUGUGAAUCAUGUGGCAAGUUAUGCAGCAGCAGUACAGGACGGAUCUCAGUACUUUGUUCUGCUCAUCAUCACUGAUGGCGUCAUAUCAGACAUGGCUCAGACCAAGGAGGCUAUAGUGAAUGCUGCUAAACUCCCCAUGUCUAUCAUCAUUGUUGGAGUUGGUCAAGCUGAGUUUGAUGCCAUGGUUGAGCUGGAUGGUGACGACAUCAGGAUUUCCUCGCGGGGGAAGUUGGCAGAGAGAGACAUUGUACAGUUUGUCCCAUUCAGAGACUACAUGGACCGCACAGGCAACCAUGUGCUGAGUAUGGCGCGGCUGGCUAAAGACGUAUUGGCCGAGAUCCCUGACCAGCUGAUCUCCUACAUGAAAAGCAGAGGAAUUAAACCUAACCCCGUCCCACCGGCUUACUCGCCCUGCAACGACCCCCAAACCAACCCCGUCUGAACCCCACACCCAGUUCUACGUUGUGGUGGGGCAGGGGCAGGAUUGAUGGGAACCACAACGGCCCUUUGUGAAAAUGGAAACGCAUUCGAGGCCCUUUCGUAAAUAUUAAUCUGGCUAAACAAAAAGAUGAUGAGACUCCAUUUUGUUCUGGAGCAAUAAGACUGCUUUGGGGGAACCUGCUGAUGAUCAGGGAGUUUUUUUUUCUCUCUGAGUUCCUGAGGAUGAGAGCGCUGAGAGGAGCCCGGUGUAAAAGGAAGGUUUUAGUUGUUUGCUGUCAGACCUGUCAAAGUGGUGAUGUAAUGGAUAGCAAGUAAACCUGUAGAGAGAGCCUGUUUGAAGGCAUAAAUAUAAUGGAAUGUGUGUGUAUCAUGUUUAUGAUACCUUUUGGAAUCAAUGUGUAUUAAACUAGGAAAUCAUGUGUAUACUAAUUUAUUUAUUUAUUUAUUGCAGAAAUAAUUUAUUUCUUUGAGUAGGUUUUAAAGGAUGGGGAUUAAAGUCAUAUUUUCCUGUAGUUUUCCAUCUUAUAUUUUGUGACCAGUGUAAUAAAAAAAUUAUAAUUUCUACUUUGAUAAGGACUGUAAUAUAAAAAGCAUGUGAUAAAGUCUAUUCAGCAGUUUAUGAAUCAUUUUGACUGAUGGAUAAUUUUUGCAAGUUGUUAUGUAGAGAACCUGCUGUGAGCUGUUGCCAUACUGAUUUUCCAGCACCAUGUCUUAUACGUAUUUCUAAUAUUUAUAUUAACAGAAUGCACUAAUUACUGUCAAAAUAAAAAGCACAAAGGUUAUAAUAUUAUGCUGAAAACCAUUGUUUUGAAAGAACGAACAGCUACCACAAUGAAAAUAAUGGAAAGGACACCACAUAUGUUUUCAACAUGGCCUUAACAUCCGCCAUCAUUUUAAACAGGAUGACAACAGGAAGAAUGUUAUAAAUAAAGUUAUAUAUUAAAUUUAAAUUUAUCAUAAAAACUGCGUGUUUACAUAAAAAUAGAUGAAUAAUUAAAAGCACAUUCUUGCCCCAUGUUUUUCCAUUAUACUUGUUGUGGUUAGAUGUUACUUGUCAAGGAUUUUGCUCGGUAAUUUUAAAGGACCCUACAAAUAAACUUUUGAAAGACUGACGUCAACUAAUACCCACUUUUCCCCAGAUUGAAAACUUAACAAAUCUAUGAGAUCAAAUCUGAGUAUGAGAUAUUUGGGUUUGGAUUUUCUUUGUUUUUAAUGAUCUAAAGAAAACUACAAGAAAACAAAAACAACUUUUUAUGUGUGCAAUGUGUUGACUGCGUUUUGCUCUCCUUCAAAUGAACUGAGCCUAUUAUAUAAGAAAACAUUGGGAUACCUAAGAUACAAUUUCACGUUUUACGAUUUCAUUCUAGCCAGUUGUUGAAAUUUUCACAUUUGCUCCCUGCAUUUUCAUUUAAGUGUCUGUGUACUUAAAAAAAAGUUACAUUCAUUGUGACCCAGUUGUGCACAUCCUAAGUCCUAAUCGAUUCAUAAUACCCAUUAUUUUCAUUAGUAUCUCUCAGUCACUCAAUAUCUCGUUCCAAAUGUGCCUAUUAUAUAGAAACAUAUCCAAAUUCAGUUACCCAGGUGUACCCGUCAGCAGCAGCAGGUCUCAUGUUAAAGACGUACACAGAAAAUGUUGGUGAUCAUAAAACUGUUGCAAGAUUAUGACUAUUACAGCUGCAGUGGCUGAUGCACACUCUCUCAACCAGUGUCCUGUACUUUUUAUACUUACAGCUCUUCACUAAUGAUCUUUGAAAUAAUGAAGGGUAACAGUGUCGUUGAGCCUUGUUGUACAAUAUUCAAAGUCAAGACUUGUUUACACUUCAACUGUGGCUAUUAACGUUGCCUCAAGGAAAAAGUAAACAUUCAUGGGUUUCAUUAAGAAAUUAGUUUAUCUUUGAUCUGUUGUGUUUGUGCUUUAAUCAGUCUUUGUGCUUAGAGAGUUUCAUCGCAUGACACCAGAGCGCUAAUGUUUACAAAGACUUGUCCUGUUGUUCUCUGACAAUGUGAAGCUCUGAUUUCUCACCAUACUUAUAUUUUGUUUCCUUUUAUUGAGCAAAUGUGUUUACGUAAUUCAAGUUGUUUUACAAUCUUUGUUAGCCGUUCUUUAGAUGUUCUUUGACUCCCACUGCUUUAGUGCUCUCAGAGAGAAGGUAGAGUCUGAUGAAUCUGCAGAAACUCUGUCCAGAGGCAGUGAACUCCUUCUGUCACAGGCCCAGAUCCAUAUUUGGCUUUAUCUUUUUUUAAUUUCUUUUUCAUAAGUGAUGACAUUUCUCCCUCAGAAGACAAAGCAGUGUUUAAUCUACUGCCAAAUUCAUCAGAAAUGAAAUGAGGCCAUUAAGUUUGGUUACAUAACACACAUAAAUACCAGAAUACCUCUACAGAAAGCCAGUCAAGCCAAAAGGAAAUAAUAUACAUUAAACAUAUUUGUUAUGAAACAUAUAUGAAUUACUAACUUAAAUAUCUGAUUUGUUUUCUUUACAAGAAAACCCUUUAAAUUCUACUUUUCCAAGUGAUUUGUUAUUAUUUUAUUAUUUUCCUUUGAAAAACAAUCACAAGGUAAUCAUUAUUCAUAGAAAAUGGAUUAGGAAAAGUACAUAAUUUGGCAUGGCAGGCAUGUUAAGUCAGCAUCAGCAUGCAGCUCAUGUACCACGAGUGUGAUUGCAAAUACAUGUUAGAAGAGCUGGAGAACUGAAAAUGUUAAGUGAUGUUGGGACCGUAUGUUGUGUUCACGUUUCAAACAUUUUAUGUAAUACUAAUGUAUACUAAACUAGUAUCAGUUAGAGUAGGAUUAAAUGGCUUUUGGCUGUUCUACUAAGAUUAUAUUAUUAUAACAAGCUAUUCUCUUUUUUUCCCCUGAGGCCUAUUACCUCUGUGAGAUUUCCUCCACUGGGAAAUAAAAAAACUACUACCAUUAGUAGUAAACAAAUAAUCAAUAAAUAUGAAAUGAGCACAGUAAUGACACUUAUGCAAUCGUAAGACAUUAAAUUAUUAAGAGAUAUAUUUUGCAGUCAGAAAGAUGUCUUUCCAACAACACAAUUAUUUAUUUUCUCUCUGGAAAUGGCUUUAAUUAUCCCUUCGUUCUGAAUUUUCUUUGAGGCUGAAUCCUAAUUAUGUACAUAAGCCCCAUAUAAAGAAUAUUCAGUGCCAAAAUGUGUUCAGUUUUGAACUUGGCCUCUUUAGACACUUUAGACAAUGUGCAUGUUUGUGCCAAAAUGGCAGAACAUUUGGUAGUCUUAUCUUCAUUUCACCAGAUAAGUGCAUCAGCCGUGUGCUUCAUUUGUUUCUUCAGAUGUUAUUUAGAGAUAACAGCCACCUCUAGCAUGUUGCAUCUCUGGUUUCUAUUCAUCCUGUUCCUAUAAGACACACACUGUAUGGGUUAUUCUUGCCACUACUCCUGUUUUAUCCCAGGUUGUUUACAUACCUCUCUUGGUCUCUGACUUGCAUGCUGAAUAAUUUCCAAACCAGGUGUUGGACAUGAUAUUGUCGUCAUACUGUGGUUUGUGAAAUGCUUUGUAAUGGAUUGCCUUAACUGAAGAUUAAUAAAAUAUUGACAACUU